AUGAAGGCAUCUGCUGUCCUCGCUUCUCUCCUUUUCGGCUCCUACGCCGUUGCUGCGCCCUUCGACAGGCGCGCCCUCGUCUACAAGACUGAGGUCGUCACUGAGACCGUGGUUGUCUACACCACCGUCUGGGAUGACGAGCCAGUUGCCCAGGCUACUACCAGUGCUGGCGAGUUCUACGAGAAACCCAGCAAGCCAUCCACCACCAGCACUGCCGUAGUUGCACCUACUUCUUCGGUUGUGGCCUCUCCCCCAGCUGCACCUUCAAAGGCUGCUCCUACCACCUCCAAGGCUGCCCCAGCCUACACCCCUAUUGCUCCUGAGGAGCCUUCAAGCGUCUACACUCCUGUGGAAACUCCUACUUCAGUCUACACUCCCGUUCCCACUACUCCUGCUCCAGCCCCAGAGAGCUCUUACGUAGCACCUGCUCCCAAGCCUGAGCCAACUACCACCGCAGUCACUUCUGCCGCCCCUGAGCCUGUCUACUCUCAGGCUGCUGCUCCCUCAAGCGCUGCGCCUAGCUACCCUACCACCGGCGGCACCUCCCCUGGUACGUCGUUCGAGGAUGUAGAGAUCACCAUCUACGACAACACCGGUGCUGCUGGCGCUUGCGGUGAGGCUCUUACCAAUGACAUGCCUGUCGUUGCUAUUGCUCAGGGCGCUUGGAACGCCCAGGGAGGAACCACGCACGACGUCAUGACCGGCGCAUCAACCAACCCGUGGUGCGGAAAGGAGAUUGAGAUUGAGUUCCAAGGCAAGACUGCCAACGCUAAGAUCAUGGAUCUUUGCCCUGGCUGCGUGAACGAAUACGACAUCGAUCUCUCCCAUGCUGUCUGGAAGGACCUUGGCCUGACCGAGAUCACCCGUUACAAUGGCGUCAACUGGAAGAUCGUCUAA